AUGCCUGCUCAGUCAAAACCUGUUCAACAGCUCACACCUUUUGGCGCAGCUCUUGCUGGUGCUCUCGGUGGCUGUUUCAGCACUGCGGUCGUGUAUCCUCUAGAUGUGGCUAAAACACGUAUCCAGGCUUUGCCGGCAGAUUCCAAGGGCAAGGGCAAGGAUCUCUCGAUGACGUCUGUGCUAUUGCGGGUCUACAAGCAGGAGGGGAUUGCAGGAUUAUACCGAGGAUUUGGGGCAACCAUGCUGAACACGUUUUCGAUGCAAUACGCAUAUUUCUUCUUUUAUUCCCUUGUCAGGUCGUCUUACAUCAAAAGACUAACAAGUAAACUCCCUCCUGGUUCGAAACUACCUCCUUUGUCAACUGCGGCGGAAUUGCUUCUGGGAGCUCUCGCUGGCGCACUAGCACAAAUCUUCACUAUCCCAGUGUCCGUGAUUGCAACCCGCCAACAAGUGGGACGACCGGAAGGCUCCAAAAAGGCCUCUUCUGAUGAGAAAGUGGAUGAUUCCUUCAUGGGAGUGGCUCGAGAGAUUGUUGAAGAGGAGGGUGUUACUGGAUUGUGGCUCGGCAUCAAACCUGGAUUGGUGCUGACCGUCAACCCUGCCAUCACCUACGGUGCUUUCGAACGCGUGAAAAGUCUAGUUCUCCUGGCUAAAGGCAAUACCUCGACGAAGCUCGGCCCUUGGUUAACCUUCGUGAUCGGUGCCCUGAGCAAGACGCUUGCCACAAUUGUGACAUAUCCCUACAUCAUGGCUAAAGUGCGCAUCCAAGCCCGCAGUGCCGACAUCGAAGAUGCAUUGGAACACAAUGAGAAACCCCCUCCAGCCCACAAAUACCAUCACAAAAACGGUAAACACGUCGGCGCACUGGAUAUCCUCGCUCGCGUUUGGAAACGCGAAGGGUUCACUGGCUGGUACCAGGGAAUGGAAGCCCAAAUCACAAAGGCUGUUCUGUCACAAGCCCUUCUUUUCAUGUCAAAAGAGCAAUUUGAGCAUUGGGCGCUCGCUAUCAUGAUCUUUGCUGCCCGUAUUUCGUCUCGGCGUACUAUAUAA